AUUGGCUCUCAGUUAGAGUCUCAUUUGUUGAAACACACCAAGGNAUCAUCGGUCGCCUUUGGCAUACAAGCUAAUAGUUUGAAAAAUCCAAACGGUGAAUUUCGCACACAUGGGCGUAAAUUUGUGAAUUUUACGCUCGGUAGAGCGCUCUCCUUUUUCAUCGCAUUCUUCUACCCAAAUUGGGUUAGCACAUUUAAAGUGAAAGUUUUCACUGCUGACUUCUCUUCAUUCCUACGCAACACCAUCAAUCAUGCUAUUACGGAAAGAGAGAAGACUGGUGCCAUACGUAACGAUUUAAUCGAUGUGUUGUUGGGCAUGAAAAAGGAGUUGCUCGCGAGGCAAGAGUACGAUAACGAGGCGCAGGAUAUGCUAACAGCGCAGGCAGCAGUAUUUUUAACUGCUGGUUUUGAGACGUCAUCUUCAACGAUGGCUUUUGCGCUGUACGAAUUGGCCAAACAUCCGGAUUUACAGGAGCGACUACGCAACGAAAUUCGCGACGCACUUCUGAUAGAUCAUGGCAAACUAUCUUAUGAGACCAUCAUCAAUUUACCAUAUCUGGGUAUGGUAGUGGAUGAGGUCCUACGUUUGUAUCCAGUACUACCUGUGCUCGAUCGCGAGCACCUU